UUUGCAUAUAAGGCGCGCGAGGUCGCCCAGUCUUGUUGUCGAUCGACAAUUUAGUAAAUGCAUUAAUGUAUGUCAAAGGGUUUCAUAUUUCACCACUAUUUCCAAGACGGAUCGCGGUAGAAGUGCAAUGCUGGAUAAUCCGUGCCCUCAUUUAACCUAUGACUUGGAGUUUUUGUCGGCUUAUCUUGUCAAUGUUUUAGAAUCGAGUUUUGUGUUCGUCAAAUCAUGUCGGAGGAACUGCGAGCGUUCGUUGCUCUUAUUGUUGUCUUUGUGAUCGUCACCAAUUCAUUUGCAAAGCAAAGCGAAUGUAACAACACAAAUAAAGGAAAAUACUGCAAGUGUACCCAAUGCUCCAAGACUGGUUCCACAGGUGUGUGUACAUAUCCUAACCCUGUUGAUGCCUCUUCUGUGCGGUGUGUCUGCAAAACUGGCUAUAUAGGAAGCUUGUGUGAUGAAUGUGCAAAUGGCUACUACCGCUCAGGGAAUACGACGGGGCAGUACAUCAUAUGCCUUAUGUGCAAUUGCAGCGGGAACCUUGACUUGACCAAGCCCAAUAGCUGCGAUGCAGUUACUGGGAAAUGCUAUAAGUGCUUACCAAAUGUAACAGGGGAGCAUUGUGAGAAAUGCCUUUUUCCAAGCAACUGUACUAGGCCAACAGACAAUAGCCACUCUGGGACCCUUGCAGCAAAGCAUUAUAAGCUGAGGGACACAACUAUCAUUGUCGUGUGUGCUAUAUUAGCAUUUAUCUGCAUCAUUGCCAUAGCAGCCCUUAUCUACAGACACCACAAGCGUCAGAAAUUCAAAGGGCGUCUUCCUAAACUACUGUGGACUGCUGAAAUCUCAAACCGCAAUUUUGAUGACUUGGACUUUUCAUUGCUUGACCCUGUGAGUGACACGCCCUUUGUGUAUCGCAAUGACACAAGCGAGUUUGAGGAAGCGCUGAUGGGAGAGGAGAAGGCACAGCUACAAAUGGAUACACACGAGGAUGAAGACACAUUGCUGGAGAACUACCAUCCGGCAGAGCUUUGAUGAAUGUAAGGAAAAGCAGGGGGAAGGUGUGGUAAAGGUUUGGUUUCAAUAACUGUCAGGGGGAAUAACAUACUUGAGAGGGAAAAGUGCACUAUUUCAAGGCUACCAGCUGUCAAAGCUUUGUUAAAUCUAAGGGGAGGAAGGGAAGGUUAGGUAUAUUAGGGCUUAAUCCAUCAACUCUAAGAAAGGGGGGGGGGGGGACAAAAGCAGGUAAAAAACACAAGUUAAAGACAAUCACCUGGCAUAGCUUUGAUCUUAGGGAAUACCAGUGGAUUCUAGGUCUAUCAGGGUGUUGUCAAUUAACUCUAGUAGGAAAGACACAGAUGGGUAUAAAAACACAUUACUUUAAGACUACCAGCAGGGGACUAGGACCAUUAAGGGAGGGAAAUGUUACUACCAGCUAUCAUAGCUUUACUGUAAGGAGGAAAAGGGGAGCCAUUCGGGUAGGUCCAAAAAGAGAGGGAGUGGGGCUUGAUGUUUAUAAAAGUCAGAGGUGUAGUGCCAUGUCUGUCAUGGUAGUCCAAUGCCCCUUUAAAUACUCCCUUGAGCAGGUUCCAUUUUAACCUUAGUACUUUUUUAUAUUAUAUACCAAGUAUGAACAACUUCUACCCCUGAAUAUUGUAGCCUACAAAAAGCCACUGACUCGCAAAACAGCAUUUUUUGGUUAUCAGUGGCUACAAGUAGGCUACACACAUAGAACCACCAUAUUAUAACUGUCCUGAUUAACAAGUUGUUCUUAUUAUUAGUGAAACAAAUAAUUUGAAUAUGAGCUUUCAUUCAUUAGGACUGCUUUUAAUAAUGAGGUGUAAUUAUUAAUAUGGCAUCCUUUAAAGCUACACUUUAUUAUGUAUCAGAAAAGCCAUUUUGUAUUUAUUAUCUAAUGCAGACUAAAUUAUCUGCACUUUUUAUUUAUGAUUAAUUAUAUAUAUCUUUAUCUUAUUUUGAGAUGGGAAAUAUAUUACACAAGAGGUUAAAACCGUUUAUUAAGGACAACAGGUCAAACAGACAACCUAGAUGUCUAGACUAGUUAAUGUCAAAAUUCUUCUGAUUUGCCAAAUAACAAGAUUUUGGAGCUCACGUUUCAACAGGUUGUGCUGUUAAAAUUUCUAGACUGUGGAUUCAACUUGUCUGAUACUGUAGUUCUUAGUUUGAAUAUUGAAGUAUCAUAUCUUUUUGUAGGAUAUCAAUCACACUAGAUUAUUGUAUGCUUUUUAGCAUUUAAAUAGAGCCGUUUGUACUGUAGGAUGGGUCAAAUUUCACAGCAACUGAAUUGGAUUAAACUAACUAUAAAUACAUUUUAUUUGCAUUUAUCUUUUGAGGCAUAAGUUGGAUCCAGAGCCUUCAGUCAUGGAUGUUUGUGCUUUUUGAUAGGAGUUCUUUUUAGCAUCUUGGCUCUGUUUUAAGAGCUAGUGUAAUGGGUAAUGAUAAAUUUGUUUAUUUAAUGAAUAAUGGGAAUAAGUAGCUGUGAAGGUUACUCGGAUGCAGGCAUGCUUUAAAAACAAAUUCAGAAAUUCAGAUGUCGGUGCUGUAACAGGCCUCAAAAUAUUCUUUUUUUUUUUGGGGGGGGGGGGGCAAUACAGAAACAUUAAGAAAAUGUUGGGGGCACAGUUGCAGUUAGUUUCUCUGUGUUUUUUUUUAUCAAGUUAAUAUCACAUUUUGAAUAUAAAACAACAAUCAUUAAUAAGUAUUGUAUAUAUUUUUCUCUCAUCUGAAGAAAAGUUACAAUAAGUGAUUGUGAUUUUUUUAAUAAAGAUAUUUUUUAUGUUG